AUGCAAGAGGGCCGCCCCUCCACUCCUGCAAAUCCUCCUCGAGCUCAUCAGACACCCAAGUCUUCCCGUCGGUCACGUCCGUCCACUGCCAAAUCUGCGACCGAACCCUCUCCUUCCUCGAGAAGCACAAAAUCGCAGCCUCCUUCUCCUGAAGUCAUCUCCUCCUUAAUCUCAUCCCUAGCUGCCAUCUCAACUCCUGCUGAGCAUCAUUUCGAAAAACUCCCUAGGAUUGCAAGCAAGAAGAGCGAUACAUCGUCUGUGACUCCCAGCCAUCGGAGUUCUCCAAAACCUACGCCUGCGGAUCCAGUUGUCCAUGCGCGAGCCGUUUCGCGAAGUCCUCCGCCGCAACAGGGAUUCGGGGUGGAUUAUGGAGCCUAUAAAAAGCCUGGAGAGACUGACCACGAAUCAUAUCUCAUACCGAAUACCGCCUACGCGCCGGUUAUACGCAUGUCCAAGCAGCGAGCACCUUCGCGCAGCAGAAGUAGUACGCCAACGUUGAGCGCUUCACGUUCACAACAAAGUCUGCGCUCCAAGGACGAGUCAGCAAGCACUGGCCGACUCAACACUGAGCCGGGACUCCAACCACCGACUGCAAAUGGAACGUCAACGAAAAGUGGCAGCAUUGCCAGACUCAUAGUUCGGAAAAUAUCCAAGGAAGUGGUUCCUAACGGACAGAAUCCAAAGCGAACGGAUCCAGCGAUCCGGGAUAGUGGGGAAGCACUAAACCCGCUGGCAAAUGGUCUACGGCAGUCUGGCUCUCGCAGCAGCUUCAGAGAGGGGAUGGUUGACGAAGGCAUCUCGGAACGGAAGUCUUCACCAGUUUCUCCUUGGUCACCCUCGCACGCUGGGCCUUCUAUCCUCCAGUCUCAGACACCGAGUAGCUCGUGGACUCUAGAGCGUCCCGGCGGCAUAGGAAGCGGGAGGAUUAUUCCGUCGCGGCUUUCUUCAUUACAUCACACUACAUCCGCCAGUCCAGAGAGAAAGUCAUCAAAAUCGCUAAAGCAUAGUCAUGAAAGUAAAGAUCUCAAAACCGGUCAAGAUGUGUUGGAAGAGGAAGAUUCAACUGUCAGACGCAUCCGAGAACUUCAGAAGCAAAAGGAGAAGCGCGAGAGAGAGCAGAGAAGAGAGGAACGGAGAGCAGAGAAGAAGAGAUCAAGGAAUUCGAUGCCAGGUCCAACUCCCCCCCAACGGACGACGUUGGACCAGAGUUCACGCCAUUCCGUGGCUGAUAUCAUGCCGCGAGGCCCAGAUCAAGCAGUUCUCGUUGAAGACGAUAGUGAUCUGGCUUCCGCUGUUUUUACGCACGCUAGCAGACAAGUCUCUGCAGGACAGCCGAUAUGCUCCGCAACCUAUGUACCCGGACCUCGAUCGGGAUCAGCGAUACCCGAGGUACAGCCUUCGCUAGGAAGCAGACCUGUGACGCCUGUCAUGCACAAAAGAGCACUGUCCGAUCCACAACUUUCUCCUGGACGAGGAUCUCUUGGUAUUGAACGACCUCGGAGCACAGACUCGAUUGACGAUGCUGUCGAGACAUAUUUGGCCUCUGCGCGAUUGACACAACGAGUCCGACAUCCAGAAACUGGACGAGUCAUAGCUUUCUCGGAAGUGGGAGACCCUCUUGGGUUCCCUGUCAUCUGCUGCGUCGGCAUGGGCAUGACCAGAUAUAUCAUGGCAUUUUAUGAUGAAUUGGCUUGGACACUGAGACUUCGACUGAUCACAAUUGAUAGACCCGGGGUAGGAGAGAGUGAGCAAUACUCGAGUGGUACGGGGGUGCCUCUGAGUUGGCCGGACGAUGUUUCCAUCGUUUGCAAUGCCUUGUCGAUCAUUAAGUUCUCGCUCCUUGCUCAUUCUGCUGGCGCCAUCUAUGCGUUGGCCACCGCAUUACGUCUACCGCAACAAGUUCGUGGCAGAUUACAUCUGAUGGCGCCAUGGAUCCCGCCUUCUCAAAUGUCAUCGAUCGGAUCACAGAAAGAUACCGUCCCGACAAGCUCAAUACCUUAUUCCCAGAAAUUGCUCCGCGUACUCCCUGCUUCUUUUCUCCGAGCAGCAAACUCCUCCUUCAUGUCUUCGACGACCUCGAGUAUAAUUCCUAAAACCCCGCGCCGAUCGAAACGCAAGAGCAUAAUCCUUGGUAACGGGACCAUUGACCUCCGUCCAGCUUCCUCGAACGGUCUGUUCAAUGACAAGUACUCGGGUCUGCAAGCAUCCCACAGCGCAAAUGGGAGCAUGACCGACCUCACUAGCACAUCUUUUCGACCGCAAUCUAGGGGCGUCAGAGAAGACGCUGCUUCACGUCUGUCUAUAACUAAUCUAGACGAAAACCUGAUCCGCGCCCGCCAAUACGCCUACGAUACCCACCUUACCCAACGUAUUUGGGAUCUUGCCCAACGCAACGCCAACCCCGCUGUCGACCUCCUCGUCUGUCUCGAGCGGACUAAAACAAUCGGAUUUCGUUACGUCGACAUCACCCGCGCGUGCGUCUUGCAUCACGGCAGCAGGGAUUCGAGGGUGCCAGUCGAGAAUGUCAAAUGGUUGGCAAAAAGGAUGAGGCGGUGCGAGGUCAGAAUCUUGCAAGGUGAAGGUCAUAGUCUGAUGGCCAGCGCGAACAUCAUGGCGGAAGUAUUGACAGAGAUUGCAAGAGAGUGGGAGGACUGGGCGAGGGUGACGAGGGAGGGGAGGGGAAGGAGGGUGUUUUCUGAUCAGUUUGACGACUGA